AUGUCUUCACAAUACCCCAAUUACUUGGACUAUGAAGAUGACUACGAAAGACACUAUCAGAAACUCACCAAAGGGCCCUUCUUAGACGAAAUCUCCAUGGAUGAAGCAGAGUCUUACUUCUAUGUAUUAACAUCAAUAAUAUAUCAUAGUACAACAUCAUCACCACCAAUCUUAUCAAUUACACCUUCAAGUACAUCCAAAGCUAAAUCCAUAAGAACAUCACUCUUGAAACCUACAUAGUUUAGCACCCCACCCAAUUCGAAGAAAUUAGAACCAGAAUUCCACAAUUUGCUAUUGUUAUUACUUUUAAGGGAAUGAAAUACGGAGGGAUGCUUUGGGAUACUUUGAAUGAAUAGAUAUUCCUUAUCAAUGGAAAUUCUUAACUUGAAGAUGCUUUUACAGAUUAACAGAUAUAUCACAUUAAAUCCUAUUCGAAAGAUCUUCUCUCUGUUAUUGCUGCAGUAUUCAUUCGAAUCUUAAACAAUAAGAGUAAAGAUUUAUCGAAGAUUGAUUCAAUCUUUCAAGAAUGCAUAGAUCACGCUCUCAUCAAAUGGGUUUUACUAAAAUAAUAUCGAAUCAAAUAGAUGAAAUAAAAGGGCGAGUCAUAUUCAAGAAUUUUAGAUGACAAUUUCUUAAAGGAAAUUAAUUCAUCAUAAAGUCAUUCAAAUUUAAAGUCGAAAAAGUAAACAUACUUAUUACCUUUGACCUAAAUGAAUAAUCAAUCCAAAUCCUUCUCUGAAUUGGCUUAAGCAGACAAUCAACCUGAAAAUAAAAGGAGACAACCUACAUCCCAAUCAAGACACAGAUCUUUACUCAAAAUUGAUAACCAACCUAAUUUAGGUUAAGUAUAAAAAUAAGAAUUAGUAUAAAAUUAGGAGCAUGGAUAAAAAUAAGCAUAUGGAUAACAAUAGGGAUACUAAUAAAAAUAAUAAGACUUAAUGUAAAAAUAGGAAUAUCAAUAAAAAUUAGAAUAAGUAUAGACAUAAAAAUAGGAACAAGAAUAAAAAUAAUAAAAUUAUAAAUAAAAUUAGACACUUUCACUUAAUAAAACUCCCAAGUCUUAUAAAAUUAAUAUACAAGAACCCUCAAAUGAUAAUAUUGAUCUUAUUAAAGAGUCCAUUUCAGUAAAAGACUUUCUUGAUGGUAUGAAUAAUUUAAAACAGCACAUUGUCAAUAAAGAUCCUAAGGAUUAAAAUAUUGCAACAACCUAUCCCUAUUACAGUCCUGAAUAAGUACUCAAAUUAAAGUUUGAUGAUUUAGAAGGUAUGUUAUAGGAUCAAGUAAAAGGGAAGAAAAACAGUAUGAAUUACGCGAAGCCAAUCGAGAAGCUACUGCAUCUCUUAAAAUAUUAUUCAAAAUACAACCCCUAUCAAUAUGAAAUCAUCGUCAAUCAAUAUUCUGAUUUCAUUCAAGAUAAAGUAUUACCUACCAUUAUUUAAGCUGUUAGAGAACAUGGGCUUGCCAAGAGCUGUAUAGAAUACUCACAAAACAUUUUAGUCUUCUCCCAUCCCAACCUCUAAAUCUAUAGGGAGAGACUAGAAAAUGGAUCAAGAUCCAGUUAUUGAUCUGAAGAACAAUUAAAAGAUCUAUUUGACGGAGUAUAAUCAGCUGAAAGACUCCUUAAUUCUAUCUUAGAACUUAAUGGAUAUUUAUUUCAAGUAUUUGUAGGAAACAUUUUAGAGAGUUCUAAUACUGCCUUUAGAAUUUUAUUAGAUUUUGAGCUAGAAUGUGGUCAAGUAAAGAAACAUCAAUAAAUAGUUAGGGCAAGAAGUUUUACGGAUCGAUAUUAAGGGAGAAACAACACAAUAUUUGAUUUAUUUGAUUAGAUUUUCAUUCCAAUCUAGUUAACUAAGAAUGAGUAUGUGUGUGUGUACAUAGAUUUUAAUUAUAAAAUAAUGUAUUACAUUAACACUUUAGAGAGAAAUGAGAGUAGAGCAUUAAUUUAUAAUUUUUAGGGAAGUUUCCAUUGCGCGUAGAAAUAUUAGAUAUGCCCAUAAUGUAAUUUAUUGUAAAAUUUAUAAAAAAUGAAUACAAUGUUAAGGUCAUGAAAUCGUUUAAUAUUUUAAAUUGGAGUAUUUUUAGUAUUGAUAACAUUUGAAAGAAUUUGUGGAAUUUCAGAACGAAUAUGCUCAAGAUAUCACUCAUAGCGGUUUAGUGCUGGUGUACAUUAUUGAUUCGAUUUGCAAUCAUGAAAAUGUAUUGGGAAAC